CGUGAGCCACAGUACAACUGGAGAAGGAGGAGAGACUCUCACAACCCAUUCGCUUGCAUACUGAGCACAUCUAACCCACAUAUAACCCUGAGCUCCUUUCCUGGGCUGUCAUUAUAGGCAGCGGGCGGGAGGUACAGGUUGCAGAGGAUUAUACAAAAAUAACAAAACACAUAAACGUAUACCCAGAUAAGAUUGGCUUUUACCCACAACCUACGUUUGCUCUUUUUAGAAGCAAAACCACUGUCUGCUUUGAGCUUGUUUUUGCUACUUUUGUUUUUACAGAUCCUUUAAGUAAAAGGGACAAACAGCUUUUACAUUGUCUCUGUGUGUUUAGCUGACAUAUUUAUGUUGUCUUCGCUGCCACAGCUGAUGCUCAGAAGUGCAACAGGAGCCAGGGAAAUAUAUAUUCAGCAAAACAGUGAAAAGUAAAAUUGAAAAGCAGUGACCGCAGGAGCCGACCCUGCUUCGUGCAGAGAGGUGGAGAGGAGGAGGAGAGGGGCAACGGGUGAAGGAGGAGGGUAAGCCAGGCAUCCUCCCAAGGCUCAGGUUAGGAGCUGCCCUACGCCCUCGUCGUACCUCAGGCUUCAGGCGCUGCCACUUCUCCUGUCUGUCUCUGCACUGCUGUGCGUCCCCCUGCGGCACCCCGACCCUGCACCGACCGAAGAGGAAAUCCACUGGAGGAGGAGGAGGCAGCAUGGCUUCCACCACUACCUGCACCAGGUUUACAGAUGAGUACCAGCUCUUCGAAGAGCUUGGAAAGGGAGCAUUCUCUGUUGUGAGAAGAUGCAUGAAGAUUACCACAGGACAAGAGUAUGCUGCCAAAAUUAUCAACACCAAGAAACUUUCUGCAAGAGAUCAUCAAAAGCUGGAACGAGAAGCAAGAAUCUGCCGUCUUCUGAAGCAUCCCAAUAUUGUUCGGCUUCAUGAUAGCAUAUCAGAGGAAGGAUUUCAUUACUUAGUCUUUGACUUAGUUACUGGUGGAGAACUUUUUGAAGAUAUAGUAGCUAGAGAAUAUUAUAGUGAAGCAGAUGCCAGUCAUUGUAUACAGCAGAUUCUAGAAAGUGUAAAUCAUUGUCAUCUAAAUGGCAUUGUACACAGAGACCUAAAGCCUGAAAACUUGCUUUUAGCUAGCAAGUCCAAAGGUGCUGCUGUGAAGCUUGCAGAUUUUGGUCUAGCCAUAGAGGUUCAAGGGGAUCAACAAGCAUGGUUUGGUUUUGCUGGCACCCCAGGAUACCUCUCCCCUGAAGUUUUGAGAAAGGAUCCGUAUGGCAAACCAGUGGAUAUGUGGGCAUGUGGUGUCAUUUUGUAUAUACUGCUUGUGGGAUAUCCACCUUUUUGGGAUGAGGACCAGCACAGACUUUAUCAGCAAAUCAAGACGGGUGCUUAUGAUUUUCCAUCACCGGAAUGGGAUACAGUGACCCCUGAAGCCAAAGACCUCAUAAAUAAAAUGCUCACAAUUAACCCAGCCAGACGUAUAACUGCAUCAGAAGCCCUCAAACAUCCUUGGAUAUGUCAACGCUCGACAGUUGCCUCUUUGAUGCACAGACAGGAAACCGUUGAUUGCUUGAAAAAAUUCAAUGCAAGAAGGAAGUUAAAAGGAGCUAUAUUGACCACUAUGAUUGCUACUAGAAAUUUCUCAGCAAGAAGCUUACUGAAGAAACCGGAUGGAGUCAAGGAGUCAACAGAGAGCUCAAAUACCACAAUUGAAGAUGAAGAUGUAAAAGCCCGAAAACAAGAAAUCAUCAAAGUUACUGAACAACUAAUUGAAGCUAUAAAUAAUGGCGAUUUUGAAGCUUAUACAAAGAUUUGUGACCCCGGCCUUACAUCGUUUGAACCUGAAGCUCUAGGAAACCUUGUAGAAGGGAUGGAUUUCCAUCGAUUUUACUUUGAAAAUGCUUUGUCCAAGGGCAACAAACCAAUACACACAAUCAUCCUAAACCCUCACGUUCACUUAAUUGGGGAUGAUGCCGCCUGCAUAGCCUACAUCCGUCUCACGCAGUACAUGGAUGCUAUUGGUUUGCCCAAGACCAUGCAGUCUGAGGAGACUCGUGUAUGGCAUAGACGUGAUGGAAAAUGGCAGAACGUACACUUUCAUCGUUCUGGUUCGCCAACAAUACCCAACUAACGGUAAACCUUGCAAGCCUUUUACUCUGAACACUCAGACGACUGGAUGGUAACCGAUACAAGCUGCAUCUCUUCGUGUCCUGAUUACUGAUGAUUAUUUCAGCACAUGAAGUCUAUAUAUGUAAUGCUUUUGUGCAGUGUUUAAUUUUCUUUAGGCACAUCUCUACCUUUAAUUACUAUCCCAAUAAGUUGUAUAUUGGGUAAGAAUGGUCCUUUUAAUUCAAGACAAGUCUGUUCCUUUUUUGUGUAUGAUUUUGCCAAGUUACCACAGAAUUAUUACAAAUGGUUUAUUUUUUUUUAUUUUUUUGUUAUAACUUUUAAUAAUUUCUCUUAUGUGAAGGGGUACUAACUUCUAUAUUUUGCAGAAUUUAUAUUGGUUUAUUUCUUGCUAAAUGUAUUCUAAUCUCAUAAAUAGAUAUAUCUCUCAAGCUUGUUAUACACGAACUCCAGACCUCCAGUCCAGGUUUAUUUCUAGUGAAAUAUUUGAGUUUAAUUAUGAAUCUGAAGAAACCCUAUACAAGGUUUUUGUCUGUCAAAAACACAUAAAUGCAAUGGUUUAGAAAGGGAUUCAACUAGAGUUUAUUUUAUCUACAGAUUAUUGUAAUAUUAUUUAGCUAGAUAGUGUUUUGUAGCUUUGGUUAGCAAUCAUAAUUUUUUUCUAUUUACACUGAAUAAAUGUUUGAAUAUAUAUAUGGUUAUUGAUGAAUGGGUUAUAGAUGGUUUUGAUAAUUGAGAUUAAUAAAAAAAAAAAUAGAGUUUUCACAGUUGCAUUCAGGGUACAAAGUCCUUUCACAAACAUUGUGAAUUUUUUGUGUUAAUGUAGUCUUGAUUUGAAAAGAAAAUAUAUUGUGUACUAUUAAUGUUACAAAAAAUACGGAUUUUAAAGGGAUCAACGUUUUAUCAACAUUUUGGUUUGCAGAUUAUUGAUAAAUCUCUGUAUUGCUUGUAUUUUAUCAACUUUCUAAAACUUGUAAUAUGUCAGUAUGUCACAAUGUAUACUAUACGUGCUUUAGGUAAUUUACAGCAUUGAAAAUGAUCUACUGCAAAAAAACAAACAUUUUUAAAAUAUAUUAAUAUACAUAGAGCAUACACUAUAUGCAGGGAAUGCUUUUGUGUCUGUAAAUGUUUUUUUAAUGGACUAAUUUGUGAAUUUAAUUUUUAUUAGUAAUAUUAUGUAACUUUGCAACAAUAUUCGCACAACCAUAAUGAUGGUGGUUUCAUGUCAUUAUUUUUUCCAUUGUUCCAUUUUACAUGUUUAGGAGAAGAUUCCUUUAAUGGUAUAUGUGCAUGAUAGAACCCCAUCAUUUUUUUCUUUGUUGUUUUUCAGUUAGCAAUAUUUCACCUUUGUGAAAAAACCUAAUCAAUUCAUUAUUUGUAAAGUUGUUAAGUGGUGGUUGUAAGUCUAGUAAUGCUAACAUGCUAAUAAAUUUACAUUUUUGAUAGAUAAGCAAAUUAUUGUGAAACCUGCCAAUGAAAAUGUAAUUCUGAAUUCAUUUCUUUGCAUCUGAUGUAUAGAAAUAGUUCCAUUGUUAGUAUAUAGUAACAUUGUGUUAGCAGUAAUGUUGCUUUAUUAUUGUAGCUUUACUUUAUAGAAAAUAUAGAAAUUCAUUUAAAAUUAGCAUGAAGAGCUGACAUAGUACUACUGUAGACCAAAUACGUCUUCCACAUGGCCAUAUGAGGAAAGCAUUAAUAGACCUCUGCACCAUGGUGAAUUUCUAAUUUUGUCAUCUUUUUAAAUGUUUGAAUAUACCAAUGCACACCCUGUAUAUUUUCCAUGCCAUAUAAUUAAAUAGUUUAAAGGUUAAUAAAUUGUGGUUUCUGUUGA